AGUAUCAGUUAAGUAUGCGUGGUCGAUGGAAGGCUGGAUUUAACGCCGGGGGUUGGUUAGAGUGUCCUUCGUUUGUAAUCAACCCCCAAUAUAUCAUCACCCUUCAUGCUGAUGCGUCGAUACAGCGUCGUUUCAGUGGUCGUCUUCCAUUAGUGGUCUCACUGCUGCAAGUAUAUCGUCGUCAACAUAAACUAGACGGUAUAGGGCUCUAUGCAAUAGGUUUUGAGGUUUUCCAGAGAUAUUCGUGUAUAACAGGAAAAAUUGGUAAAUCAUUUUUCGACCAGACAGAUCCACUUAUGCCAGAAAAUGAAGAAACGUAUGCAGAGUAUAGAGAAACUUCAGGUCGAUUUUUCUUGGACCCAGGAGAAUAUAUUUUAGUUCCAACAACACAACAACCUAACCAAGAAAGAUCUUAUCUCCUACGUUUGUUCUCAGUAGGUCAUUUGGAAUGCAGACCGUAUGACAACCAUUACGAUGCUGACUGGGAUAUAGAUUUACAUUAAUAAAGAGAUGGCGAGAUGAAACGUCUGCUGUAAAUAUACGAGUAUGUGUUCGCAAUUCAUUACAUUCCAGUGACUUUGGACGCUGAUCUGAAGGAUGUGUGCCAUUUGUUAAAUAUGAGCACAACAAUACAAUAGUUGUAAAAGACUUUGAAAGACUCGCAUAAGGAACAAACGACAAUUGUUUGAGAAGCGUUUGCGUGACUAUGUCAUUUCCGCCUCCAUAUGACGUCAGUUACUACUAAUACAAUAACAUUAUGCCGUUGGCCGUAGAAUGCAUGCUACGUAUUUUUGCAAGCGGGUAAGUACCUGAAGCGGCACGCCAAAUUUAUACAAAAAGACAGUAAGUGCUUCGUGAAGCGAACAGAUGAAUUUUACCUUUUUGUAACCUUAUGAUUAUGGUACCGUGCGCGUAGAAUUUAUAAUUUUGAUCUGAUGUUAAGAUUUGUUUUAUUGUUGCGUUUAUAAGACUGUUUAUAAAAUAUACUAAUAUGAGUUGUUGAGUUUUUGUUAAACAUCAUUUCUAUAAUUGAUUAAAUUAAGACAAAUAUUAAUCUAAUAAUAUAUCUAUAUUUUUGACAAAUACAUUUCCCUUAUUGUUAAAGUUCUUAGAGAAUACAGUUGAUUCAUUUCAUACACAAACAUGUUGCCUUAUGUUUAAUAAUUAUGUAUGUAAUUCUCAUGUUGCCAUUAUAUGACUAAAUAAAAUUGUCUUUAUAAGUACAUUGGAUAUUCUUAUCGGUAUCUUAAGGUAAUAACUAUAAUUUAAAUCUAGAAAAAGAAGAUGAAUUCUGCUAUUGUAUGGGCAGUUAGGCAUACUGCACUUACGGGGGCCACAGCGUUGAGACUGCGUUCAUUCAUUCAUUUAUCUAUCA